AUGACGCUGUGUGGGGUGGAAUUUCGAGUGGCGGAGCAUCUGGCGCUAGAGCCAGCCCUACCUUCGCCGACAUUCCCGAAGCUUCAAGGUGGCCUUCACAUGAACCCCAAGAGUCAAUCGCUGCGCAUCCAAUACUACCGCGACAUUCCCGUCUCCCGAGUCACUCUGUCGCCGCCCUUGACGCUUCACACCCUCUCGCCCAGCUACACUCGACGCGCGGUCGCACCCAAGAUGAUUACCGACAGCCAACUUUACUCGCUUGCCAUCUUCCUCGGAAGCGCUGCCAUGCUGCUCAUAGUCCUGUACCAUUUCCUUGAGGUCAAUUCCGACGAUCACAAGGUGGAGGAAAAGCCCAAGGCCGCGUCAGGCAAGGUCAAGGCAUGA